AUGGUGGCGUGGUCCGCGCUGGCGCUGUUCCGGCGCGUGCAGAGCUUCGCCGGGAAGGUGCGCGGCGAGUGCGAGCGGCGCGCGCCCUCCCACGCCGCCCUGGCGCUCGCCCACGAGUGGGACGACAUCUUCGCGCCGGACGCCAACGCGAGGCUGCUGCGCAUCAUCCGCACCGUCAUCG